UGAGAAGCAAACGGUAAGGGGCGAGAACAAUAGCAUCAUCCCUCCUUAAAAAGAGUGCAGCUAUGUAUUAAGAGGGAAGAACAAGAAAAAAAAAAAAGAAAAAAAAACCUUACAGGGAGGGGAGGGAGGCACACCCUGAGCAAAAGGUACCGCACCCGGCGUGUUUGGAGGCGAGUGCACCAGCCGUGGAUCACAUUCAACACAGAGCGCAUCCUCCUCUCCGAGUGCCUUUCUGCAUCCGCCCGCCGACAUGCCCAAAGGUUUCCUGGUGAAAAGGAACAAGAAAGCGGCGCACGUCUCUUACCGGAUUCGUUGCGAUGAUGAGGAUGGACAGGAAGCGACUCUGGAAUGUCAGAUUCAACGCGGCGCGUCCCUGCCGCCUCUGUCCGGCACCUGCAGCCCGGAGAUCGCAGCAUCAUCACCAUCCGAUGCAGCGGACACGCCGGCCCACGGCCACGGAGCCAAACCGGUGCAGUUUGGUAAUCCAGAGGCGGUUUAUCAAGCCCUCUACAGCCCCACCCGCCCCAUCAGCAAGGACCACGAGAGGAAAUAUUUCGAGAGAAGUUUUAACCUGGGCUCGCCCAUCUCUGCCGAAUCGUUUCCCACUCCUACCUCUCUCACCAGCCUGGACCACCUCCUUUUCGCUCCAGUAGACUUGAAAAUCGGCUCGAGCAACAGCAGCGCGCUGAACUCGGCUGUCAGGAGCUCAGGGAAAAGGCCCUCCACAGACAACGAGCGCAAAAGUAAAAGCGGUGCCAAGAAACCCAAAGCCAUACGGAAGCUGACCUUCGAGGACGAAGUGACCACUUCACCGGUGCUCGGACUUAAAAUCAAAGAGGGUCCCGUCGACCUGAAACCGCGAGCCUUAUCAGCGGGGGGCAACAAACCUUUGGGAGAGUUCAUCUGCCAACUCUGCAAGGAAGAAUACGCGGACCCGUUCUCUUUAGCGCAGCACAAGUGCUCGAGGAUAGUGAGGGUUGAGUACAGGUGUCCCGAAUGCGACAAAGUGUUCAGCUGCCCCGCGAACCUGGCCUCUCACCGCCGCUGGCACAAACCGCGCGCGCAGCCUGCACCCGGCGUGCCAACUUCUCAAGCGGCCAAAAACGAGGCGUCCAAAAUGCCCGCUGGCUCCAGAGGCUUCGGGGAGGAACUCAAAGACGGAAGAGAGUACUCGAGUGAGAGGGACUCACCGAGCCCGGCUUUGUCCGAAUCCGGCUCAGAGGACGGGCUGUACGACUGCCAGCGUUGCGGGAAGCGGUUUAAACGCCAGGCGUACCUCAGAAAGCACGCGCUGGCUCACCACGCGCUGCACAGCCAAAUAAUGGGCGACACUUUUCAAAGCGUCGAGAGAGGAGAGAGUCCGGAGAUGGCGCAGCGCUCCGGAGAAGGCAGCCAGACUCCAAAUUUGAGCCCGCUGAAUUUAAGCCCCGCUGAGUGCACGCAGUGUCCGGUCUGCGGAGAGAUCGUGGCGGACAGGGCGAGCUUGGAGCGGCACGUGCGCGCUCUGCACGCUUCGCAGGUGUUUCCGUGCAAACACUGCCCCGCCACUUUCUACAGCUCACCGGGUCUGACCAGGCACGUCAACAAGUGUCACCCCACAGAAAAGCGCCAGGUUAUCCUGCUGCAGAUGCCCGUGAGGCCCGCGUGCUGA